UUUCUUUACGUAUGAAACAUAUAUCAGACUAUACCGGAUCAAAAGGAAUUAUUUAGGCCGUGUAAUUUAAUACAACAUAUUUGGACACGUUCAGUGUAAUUUGCCGGUUGCAUGCUAAUUAAUAACUUAUUGAACUAUUAUUACGUCAAAGAAUAUUGUAUAGAUAAACGCCUGCCAAAUUAUACGUACGACUAUAUCAUUCAGCAUAUGGAACGCAUUGUGUAGUUUGAUAACCACCGUUCAGUAUAAAUAGAUAUGUGUAUUUGUUUACAUGCACACGGGUGUAAACACGAAGCAAAGACGAUAUAAUAACCUUCCUUUUCCUUUUCAAGGAUAUUGAAAGUAGACUGAAAAUUUUCAGUAAAUGAUUUUGUGAUAGGCAACACCGAUUUGUUUCCGCUCAGUGUCUUUAUAGUUAAUCAUGGGAGAUUUAUUGAAUCAUCGGAAUAUUAUACAAAAUAAUAUAAAUAUUGAACAGCAAUGUGUUAUUCCACAUUUUCACAAUUCAAACUCGCACUUUACUAUAAGUCCGCGAGAUGCAGCUAAACUGGUACAUUCUCAAAGAAAGCGGGAGGACGAAAGACGUUGCUUUUUAUUGCAAAUAGCAUUUUUUCCAGUGUAUAGCGAUGCAGAUAUACCAAACUCAUGUUUCAAAAAACUUCCAAGGAUUGUGAAUGGAAUUCCAUUAGGAGCAGGGGUGUUAGCGAAUGAACAGGUUGGAAAUAUAAGAUGGAAAUAUGUCGAGGGCGGGAAAAAGAUGCAUACAUUCAUUUCGAAGCCAAUUUGUGAAGAGGAAGCCGAAGAAUCAAAGACAGCCAUAAAGGAUAGCUUUGUGAGACAUUCUCAAGUUCUAUUUGGAGACAUCACUGUCAAGGCAACACUCAUUUUAUCUCGUUGUAUCAAUUUCGAUGACGAUUUUAUUAUAAACGAUAUUGCCACUACUUUAAAUGAAGGACUACAUUUUAGUGAUUGAUAAAGGUUAAAGUAUUUAGGACAUCUUUUCAUCCACGUCUUUCAGAUUUUUCAAUCAUAGAAGUGAUUUUUAUAUGGCUGCAGAUUUUAUUUAUUAUUGGAGAGUUAAAUUUUUUCUAACCUUCCUAUAAUGGUCUGUAUAUUUUUGCUAGAAUAAUUUAUUUGUUUUGUUUUUUUGUUAACCAAAGUUUGUUUUUAUCGUCAUAUUGGACACCAGAGUAAAUAUAUAUAUAAUGUAUCUAAUCGGGAAUUUACGUUACUUUUUAUUGUCCUCUGCACAGAAUUAUCACAUUCCUUCCUAGAAAUAUACAACAUGCUAGAAUAUAAUAAUGUGAGACUACUAUUAGACUUGUCUUGGGUGAUAAAAAUCUCCGUAAUAUACUAUUUGUAUAACACAUGCAUAAUGUGUAAUUGAAAAUUUUCAUUUGAAGUGUUUCAAGAAAAAAAUUUCCGGUUAAUUCGGUUACCUUGAUGCACUUAAUUGCCAUAAUUGAUGCUACUGACGAUAAUUCGCUCACGUGUCAAAGUCACCCACUGACAUAGUUAUACUAUGCCAAAGUCACUCAUUGUUAACAUCAAAGUAAGGCAGGGCAUGGUUGAUUUCUUACUGAAAUAAGAUCUAAUAAGACCUCAUACUAGUAUCACAAUAUAUAAAAAUUACGAAGAUUCAUUGAAGAUUGCUUUUUUUUAAACGAUGUGUGUUGUUUUUGGUUUUAUUAAUUAAUCGUAAAUAAAACAGAAAUGUUUUAUAGGCCGGUGUAGCCUACUCAUAGAAAUAAUAUAAUUUUGGCUGGAACACUGGCAAUCCCUUCUAGUUAGAUGAGGUUGCGUAAAAUAACACCCAAAGGGAUGCCUUGGGUGUAGAAUUAUGAUCAGCUAUUGGUCAAAUACUUUUCGACCGGCAUUAAACUCUUGCAAAAGUAGGGUGUCUGUUUGGAUGUGCGAGAUGUAUCAAUUCGCGGCCAUGUCCUAUCAUAAUUGAUGUCAAAUACCAUGAAUACUAUUCUCGUUUGAAUUGUUUUACAUUGUCAAAUCGGGGCCUUUUAUAGCCAAUUAUGCGGUAUGGGCUUUGCUCAUUGUUGAAGGCCGUACGGUACCCUAUAGUUGUUAAUGUCUGUGUCAUUUUGGUCUCUUAUUGUGGACAGUUGUCUCAUUGGCAAUCAUACCACAUCUUCUUUUUUAUAAGUACGCUCUCUGCACGUUUAGAACUCUUGCCACAAGUCAACUAUAAGAAGGAUCUAUAGGUGACUUUCCAAAUAUGCCUUCAUUUGCCUGUGGCAUUUAAAAUUUGCCAAGUAUCCCGGUCGACCCCUUUUUGUAGGCCCUACCUAAUAAUGUUGAAUGUUUUAACUCCAUCCGUAGCAGAGGGGGGGCACUUUUACCCACGUCCGCCCGUCCGUCCGAUCAUUUAUUUUCUUUCUUCUGUUUUUUUUUGUACUCACAACCUAUGUUUUGACAAAUUUAUAAAGGGACACAUGUCCGCUUUGACCCGCCUUUAUUUGCUCCUGGUAGACAAUAUUAAUGCAUCUCUAUCGGUUCAAGUAAUUAUUGGUUACACCAUAUUCAAACAAUGCAAUAGUUCGUAAAUGGUUGUGUUAAGGGGGCUCGCGGGUCUAAAUCAUUUUUUUUAUUUAAUAUAGGAUUUCUAUAUAUUUUUCUAUAAACGAACUUUAUCUUAUACCUAAUAGAAAAAUGAAAUAAAAACAUGGGGUCACCGUUCAUUUACGAUCACAGUCUGCCUUCGAAAGAUGCAUACAUUUUUGUUAAUGUCCUUUUUUUCUGUUGAAGUAAUAGGAGAAAUAUCGGUAAUAUCGAAAUAUAAAAAGAACUAAAUUACAGAAAUCGCUUAAAUUUUACAAUUAUUUAGUUUAUGUACAGCUUUAUUCGAAAACAGCAAUAAAAAAAUAUAGGUCACCGAUGAGUUAAAAAAGAUAUUUCAAUUUUAAUGCCAAAAAAUG